GAGCGGAGAGAGAGGAGGAGAGAGAGAGAUUAAAUGUUGGCUACGCGGGAACAUGAUCAAUGCCACAGUUCUGCGGGAGGUUUCACUGGAUGGAAGAAAGAAUGCACGCCGCUGCGCGCACCACUUUGCCGGGCUGCCACGCGUAAAAGCCAUAAAGCGUCUCCACGCGUGCACACGCACGCACGCUGACCUGACCGGGCGUCCUCAUGCGUGAGUCUCGUCAUCUUUCAAGAGGAAUGUGAAAUCACCUGGACAAGUACGACGGGCUUCUCGGGCUUUCACCUGACACGCAGACCUCUGAGGUUGGUCGGAGCCCCGAGGGGAUGGGAACGUGCGUGCAUAAAAGAUGGACUUAUGGCCGCUUGACUAAACUUCACGGCCCUCUGAAGGUCAUGUCACGCUUCGGGACACUCGGGCUACUGACGCUCAUCCUCAUGAGUCAAAGGAUAACUGCCGGACAGACGGUGAACAUCUUCCCGUCGGAGCGGCGAGAGUGGCCGUUGAACCACCUCUCCGUGCAUCAGUCCACGGGGUCCCUCUACGUCGGCGCCGUCAAUCGGAUUUACAAGCUGUCAGCCAACCUCACGCUCCUAGUAUCCCACGCCACGGGGCCCGAGUACGACAACAAAGCCUGCUACCCUCCUCUGAUUGUGCAGCCCUGCUCGGAGACCCUCGCCUCGACGGACAACGUCAACAAGCUGCUGCUCAUCGAUUACUCCCACAACCGCCUCCUGGCGUGCGGGAGCCUCUACCAGGGCGUCUGCAAGCUCUUGAGACUUGAUGACUUGUUCAUCCUCGGCGAGCCAACUCAUAAGAAGGAACACUACCUGUCCAGCGACACGCAGUCGGGGACCAUGUACGGGGUGGUGGUUCCCUCCCUGGUUCAGGAUGCCACGCUCUACAUCGGUACAGCAGUUGGAGGGAAGCAGGACUACUUCCCGACUAUCUCCAGCCGCAAGCUGCCUCACGACCCGGAAUCGUCCGCCAUGCUCGACUACGAGCUUCACACCGACUUUGUCUCGUCGCUCAUCAAAAUCCCCUCAGACACCUUGGCUCUCGUCCCGCAUUUCGACAUCUACUACAUCUACGGCUUUGAGAGUGGUCAUUUUGUCUACUUCAUGACCGUCCAGCCGGAGACACCGGAGAACGGAAUGCCGUCCGGGGGUUCGCCCGACGACCUCUUCUACACCUCACGCAUCAUCCGCCUCUGCAAAGGCGACAAGAAGUUCCACUCUUACGUGUCGCUUCCGGUGGGUUGCCUCCACCGGGGUGAGGAGUACCGUCUGCUGCAAGCGGCCUAUCUGUCCAAGGCUGGCAGGAUCUUGGCCCAGACACUUAACAUCGGUGCUCAGGAUGACGUGCUCUUUGCCGUCUUUUCCAAGGGACAGAAGCAGUAUCACGAUCCGUCCGAUCACUCCGCGCUGUGCGUUUUCACCAUCCAGGACAUUAACACACGCAUCACGGAGAGGUUGCGGUCGUGCUACCAGGGAGAAGGACACCUGGAGCUGCACUGGCUGCUGGGAAAGGACGUCCAGUGCACUAAGGCGCCUGUCCCCAUUGACGACCACUUCUGCGGCCUGGACAUCAAUCAACCUCUGGGGGGCUCUCAGCUGGUAGCGGGCCGCACAGUUUACUUGGAGAGUCGCGAAAGGCUGACCUCGGUCAUCUCUUACACCUAUAAUGGACACAGUGUGGUCUUCCUGGGCACCAAGAAUGGGCGCCUCAAGAAGAUCCGAGUGGACAGUCCGCUGGACGCAGGAGUGUUGUACGAGACACUAACCGUGACAAAGGACAACGACCCUGUCCUCCGUGACAUGGCCUUCUCUCUGGACAAGACCUCGCUCUACAUCAUGUCCAACAAUCAGGUAUCCCAGGUCCCCGUAGAGGCCUGCGAGCAGUACACAACGUGUGCAGAAUGCCUGAGCUCCGGGGACCCUCACUGCGGUUGGUGUGUCCUACACAACACGUGCUCAAGAAGGGAUCGCUGUCUGAGGGCAGACGAGGCCUACCGCUUCAACACCGACAUUGAGCGCUGCGUGAAAGUCAUCGCUCACCCGGACAGCAUCGCUGUAUCGGCCCACAGCGUCCCACUGCUGCUGGAGGUGAACCACGUUCCCGACCUUUCGGCAGGAAUCACCUGUUCCUUUGGGCAACAGGCCGAGGUGGAGGGUCACGUCAACGGGAACAGGGUCAUGUGUCUGUCCCCAGAUGGGAAGGAGGUCCCGAUGAUACCAGAAGGACAAGACUGGGCCGGCGUGGAGUUAAGGUUGAACUCCAAGGAGACGGGUCAAAUGGUCGCCAGCACGGAGGUGAAGUUCUACAAUUGCAGCACGCAUCACAUGUGUCUGUCUUGCGUAAACAGCACAUUUCGCUGCCACUGGUGUAAAUACCGCAACAUGUGCACCCAUGACCCGAGCAGCUGCUCCUUCCAGGAGGGCAGAGUCAACGCCUCAGAGGACUGCCCUCAGCUCCUCCAUUCCGGUCAGAUUCUCAUCCCGGCCGGUGAAGUGCGACCAAUCACCCUGAGAGCCCGCAAUCUCCCGCAGCCGCAGUCCGGCCAGCGGGGGUACGAGUGCGUGGUGACCGUGCAGGGCGUGGGCCACCGCGUCACGGCGCUGCGCUUCAACAGCACCAGCGUGCAGUGCCAGAACAGCUCGUACAUGUACGAGGGCGUGAAGAUCAGCGACCUGGCGGUGGAGCUCGCCAUCGUGUGGAACGGCAAUUUCAUCAUCGACAAUCCAGAGAAGAUUAAAGUGCACCUGUACAAGUGCAGCGCCCAGCGAGACAGCUGCGGCAUGUGCCUGCGGGCAGAGAAGAAGUUUCAGUGCGGCUGGUGCAGCAGCGAAGGCAGGUGUACCAUGAAGCGCCACUGCCCGCCCAUCUCGCCCUACGCCAGUCGCUGGCUCGACCUCUCCGCUGCAAAUGUCAAGUGCACCAACCCGCGCAUCACUGAGGUGAGCCCAGUUGCUGGACCUCUGGAGGGCGGGACACUGGUUACCAUCCAGGGCCUGAAUCUGGGGCUGUCCUUUUCUGAGUUGGAGGGCAAUGUGAAGGUGGCGGGAGUGGAGUGCGUCCCACAAGAGGAGGGCUACAUUACCGCCGAACAGAUUGUGUGCGAGAUGGUCGCUGCCCCCAAAGGAAGCGUGCCAGGCCCGGUGAAGCUUUGCGUGGACGAAUGCAGACCAGAACUACGUGCGCAGUCCAACCAGCUCUACUCUUUUGUGACCCCUUCCUUGCUGGCGCUUACCCCGGGGAGAGGACCGGAAUCGGGGGGUACUAAGGUCACUAUCGUUGGAGAGAAUCUGGGUGCUGGCAGCUCUGUCACUGUGUACUUUGGCAACCAAACAUGUGAGCUGUUCAGGAGGACCAUGUCGGAGAUGGUUUGUUUCUCUGCUCCGUCUGUGACUGGAGCAGGGCCGGUGCAAGUCGGUCUGCAGGUAGACCGGGCGAAGGUUCCUGGUAGUCUAUCCUUUGAGUACAUCCAAGACCCCACGGUGCAACGCAUUGAGCCCCUGUGGAGCAUCGCAAGUGGCCACACCACACUGACGGUGACCGGGACCAACCUGGACGUGGUGCAGGAGCCAAGAGUCCGAGUCAAAUACGCUGGCCACGAGUCGGUCAAUGUGUGCAAAGUGCUGAACACGACCACCAUCAGCUGCUUCGCUCCGUCGCUGCAGUUUGAAUACGACGACGGCGGCCAAGCGGAGAGCGUCAAGCACGUGGAUGAGUUUGGCUUUGUUUUCAACAACGUUCAAGCACUGCUCACCUACAGCAACAGCAGCUUCGUCUACUACCCCAACCCCUACUUGGAGCCACUCAGUCUGUCUGGCAUCCUGGAGCAGAAACCGGGCUCGCCCAUCAUUCUAAAAGGUCGUAACUUGGUGCCAUCGGCGUCGGGAGGUGCCCGGCUGAACUACACGGUGCUGAUCGGGGACACGCCCUGCUCCCUCACAGUGUCCGACACCCAGUUGCUCUGCGAGCCGCCAAACCUCACCGGCCAGCACAAAGUCCUGGUCCAAGUGGGAGGACUUCACAUUUCUCCAGGAGAAGUCCACAUCCGCUCUGACAGCCUUCUCACGCUGCCCGCCAUCAUGAGCAUCACUGCAGGAGGCGGGCUGCUCCUUGUGGUGGUGGUCAUCGUACUGCUCGCUUACAGGCGGAAGUCGCAUGAGAACGACUUGACACUAAAGCGGCUGCAGUUGCAAAUGGACAACCUGGAGUCUCGAGUGGCUCUGGAGUGCAAGGAGGCCUUCGCAGAGCUGCAGACAGACAUCAAUGAACUGACAAGCGACCUGGACCGGGCAGGCAUUCCCUACCUGGACUACCGCACUUAUGCUAUGAGGGUUCUCUUCCCUGGCAUUGACGAUCACCCUGUGCUCAGAGAUCUGGAGGUGCCGGGGAGCGGACAGGCGAGCGUGGAGAAAGCCUUGAAGCAGUUUGCACAGCUGCUGAACAAUAAAGUCUUCCUGCUCACAUUCAUUCGCACGCUGGAGAUGCAACGCUCAUUCUCCAUGCGGGACCGAGGCUACGUGGCCUCUCUCAUCAUGACGGCGCUGCAGGGGCGGCUGGAGUACGCCACGGAUAUCCUCAAACACCUGCUCUCGGACUUGAUAGAACGCAAUUUGGAGAGCAAGAACCACCCCAAGCUGCUGUUGCGCAGAACUGAGUCGGUGGCGGAGAAGAUGCUGACAAACUGGUUUGCCUUCCUACUCCACAAAUUUCUCAAGGAGUCUGCCGGAGAGCCCCUCUUCAUGCUGUUCUGUGCCAUCAAACAGCAAAUGGAGAAGGGACCCAUCGACGCAAUCACCGGCGAAGCGCGCUACUCCCUCAGUGAGGACAAACUCAUCCGCCAGCAGACGGAAUACAAGACGCUGACGCUGAGCUGCGUGAAUCCAGACAACGAGAACAGUCCAGAGAUCGCCGUCAAGGUGCUCAACUGCGACACCAUUAGCCAGGUGAAGGAGAAGAUCCUCGACGCCGUGUACAAGAACAUGCCCUGCUCCCAGCGACCGCGGGCAAACGACAUGGACCUUGAGUGGCGUCAGGGCAGGACGGCACGUGUGGUUCUCCAAGAUGAAGACAUCACCACUAAGAUCGAGGGUGACUGGAAAAGACUCAACACGCUACUCCACUACCAGGUGACAGAUCGCUGCGUGGUGGCUUUGGUGCCCAAACAGAUGUCGUUAUUCAACAUCCCGUGCUCGGCCAGCUUCCCGAGAAGUAUCAGCAGAUACGGCGUGGAUAUCCCCUUCCGCUCCACGCCCACCAGCCCUGACAGCCCACACUCCCGUGUGCCCAUGCUGACCCCCGACUUGGAGAGUGGGGUCAAAGUUUGGCACUUGGUCAAGAACCACGAGCACGGAGACCAGAAGGAAGGCGAGAGAGGCAGCAAAAUGGUGUCGGAGAUUUACCUUACCAGGCUCCUGGCGACAAAGGGCACGCUGCAGAAAUUUGUGGAUGACCUGUUUGAGACGCUGUUCAGCACCGUCUGCCGGGGCACAGCCCUGCCGCUCGCCAUCAAAUACAUGUUCGACUUUCUGGACGAGCAAGCCGACACGCACGGCAUCUACGACACGGAUGUGCGCCACACUUGGAAGAGCAACUGCCUUCCCCUACGCUUCUGGGUGAACGUGAUCAAGAACCCGCAGUUUGUCUUCGACAUUCAUAAGAGCAGCAUCACCGAUGCCUGCCUGUCCGUGGUGGCCCAAACCUUCAUGGACUCGUGUUCCACCUCCGAGCACCGUCUGGGCAAAGACUCCCCCUCCACCAAGUUGCUCUACGCCAAGGAUAUCCCGCACUACAAAAGCUGGGUAGAAAGGUACUACGCCGACAUCAACCGCCUGCCUGCCAUCAGCGAUCAGGACAUGAAUGCCUAUCUGGCUGAGCAGGCGCGCCUCCACUCCAGCGAGUUCAACGCCCUCAGUGCACUCCACGAGAUCUACAGCUACGUCAGCAAAUACAGCCAGGAGAUCACGGAGGCGCUGGAGCAGGACGAGCAGGCCCAGAAGCAGAAGUUGGCAUAUAAAGUGGAGCAGAUCAUCUCAGCCAUGUCUGCCGAGAGCUGAGACGUACGCCGACAUACGUACAUACGCACACGCGCCGACGCACACAUGCUGUACACGCCGACACACAAUACAAGCAUACGCUGAGGUGGCGAGGAGGAGGUGGAAGAGGAGGAGUAACAUGGGCUCAGCAAGUGCAGUCAAACGUGGACGCACAUCAUGUUUAUGUCUGCCGGAGAGACUAAUGUAUGCAGGGAUGCUUGCAAACUUUAUGGACCUAGUGCAAAUGACGCACACGAAAACGUGCAUUCACCAAGAAAACACCCACGGACAGCCGAUCAUUCCAAAGCAUGAUGUUUGUAUUCAAUGCCAUUCUCUUGCAACACGCCAGCAUCGUCUAAACGUUCAAACUGUCCUGAGGAGCGGCCAUCACGCUUCGUCUCAGAGACAACUCAUCUCCAAAAGAUCAACAAAUGGAGGAGCUUUUGUUGACUAAUAAUAGCAGACUGUCGUGACCAAACGUACGCCUCAGCAUGGCAGGCUGGACGCCGCUUAAGCAUUUGGCCAACAGCAGGUUCACGCUGUGUAUAUUACCAAAUGUGGAUUUUAAUUUCCAUGCAUCCAACUAUUUUCUAUUCUACUUGUCCUUAUUAGUGAAAAGGGGGAGCCUAUCCCAGAUGACUGGGCGAGUGACUGGUUGGCAGCCAAUGAAAGGGCACACAAAGAAAAAAAAAGAAGCUUUUCACUCUCACAACAAUGAACAAUUUAGAGUCUUCACAAUGAACUAACUGGUCACCAAAUCAAUCACAGGAUACAAAUAGUGACAGACUUCUAAUGACGGUGAGAAUGGAACCGGAAGUCAGGCAUGUGAACCAAGACACCAUCACCCAUGGACGAUUUUAAUUCUCCCAUGAGCCUUAGAUGCAUGUUUUUCAAAUGAAUCCAGAGUACCCAGAGAAAAUCACGUCAUGAAAUCUCGUGAGACCUUUAUUCUCAAUACUACAUCGGCUCCCUCUUGUGGUAGGAGAAGGCAUCACUGCCCAAGUCCAGUUCAAUUGUGUUUAACUUUUAGGUUCAAUACAUUUGCAUUUAAUCCUCACAAACUGUUCAUUUAGGUACAUGUUGUUACUUUAAUGUGCAAUGCAUUUGAAUCGAAUCAUCAAGUAUAUAUAUAUAUUUUUAAUUCUCACGUAUUCCAGCACAGUGUGAAGGAGCAAAGCCACGCAAGCAUGCAAAGGCCAGAGCAGAGAUUCAAACUAAAAACCAUGCUAAUCACAAAUCGCUAAUCACUGCCCUGUUGUAUGACCCGCAAAAUGGAAAUGUAUCAUUUUCUGUUUUCAGACGAGAGAAAGUGCAAACACGGACCAUGCAAGCCAAUUUCAGGAAUAUUCUCACAGUGACAUUUUGCAUUCAUAUUACUCCAUGUCCUUGCAUAAAAUACAGAUUAACUGAAAAAAGGGGACAUGCAGUGCUCUAUAGCACACCAAUUCAGUCAUUGAUAAGUGGAGAACAAAUUGAACUGCAGGAAAAGGUGAAAAUAUUCACCCUGCAAGCUUCUACUCCUUUUUUGUAAUCAGUCAUUGUUUACAUUCUACUUGAAAUACAUCAAGUGUGUGUGUGUGUGUGUGUGUGUGUGUGUGUGUGUGUGUGUGUGUGUGUGUGUGUGUGUGUGUGUGUGUGUGUGUGUGUGUGUGUGUGUGAGAAAACGACACCUGUCGCUCCUGUGAAGAAAUAUGGAAAGAUUAAGUCGAGUGUCGGUGGCUGUUGGACCGAUAAAUCCAGUUUAAUAAAAGUAACCUAGACAACAGAGCUCGUGAACGGGCUGCAGAACUAAUUUUGGAGCGGCUUGCAUGGCAGAGAGCUCCCGCCGGAUCUAUGAUGAUGGAUGUCACGCGCGGUGGGCUCAUUAGCCCCUCGUUGUAAAUUCGACCCGUUCUGCCGCCUGACUGCACUUCACUCGCUUCGCAUCCCGCUGGUCUCCAUCUUUAAUUGUGUAAUUCACUUUAUUUAUUUGUACCCGACUGCUGGUGGUCAUUUUUGCUGCUGUAUUUAUAGAGUGCCAUAUAGAAACUUAUCACAAAGAAAGUGUCAGUUUCGGUUCAGUUCACAAUGCACCAAACUGUGACAAUGACCAAUGUCUCGGUGUGCUCCAUCACGCUUGUCCAUGUGGAGGGCUUCUUUUAUUUUUCUUGAUCCCCCCACCGUCAAUUUAAAACAAAAAGAUGAGAAAAAAGAAAAAAGCCUCCAUUUCCUGUUAAAUGUUGAAAUAUGACAAAGGACCCAUGUGUUUUAUGUGUGAUUUGAUAAGUUAUAAAUGUGUCGUGCAAUAAACUGUCGGAUGUGUUUUUUUAAA